AUGAUGAAGCUAAAAGAAGAAGCAAAAGCAAAAAAAGAAGAAGUUGAAAAAACGAAGGUACAGGCAACACAAAAUGAAGAAUUAAUUGCAAAAUUAAUAGCGGAAGCAAAUUAUGAUGAAGAAAUGAAGAGGCUAAAAGAAGAAAUCAAGGCCAACAAAGAAGAAAUUAGAAAAUGGAAAGAAACGGCACAGAAAUACGAAAAAGAAUUAAUAAAGACAAAUGAUUUUACAGUAGCACAAGAAUUUCUUAUGGAAGAAGAAAUAAAAGCUCAGAAACAACAGAUUGCAACAUUGAAAUUAAAUGACCAAAAAUAUCAAGAAGUACUCAAGAAACUUUUGGAAAAAUCGUCUGAAGCUGAUGACCUGAAACAAGAAUUGAAAAAGACUUUGAAAAAUGUUGAUGAGCUUAAAGAAGAGGCAAAGAAAAAUCAUAAAGAAUGUGAAGAGCUUAAGGAAGAAGUCAAGAAGCAUCAAGAAGAAGUUGAAAAGCUAAAAGCGGAACCAAACACCCAAAAAGAAGAAUUUGAAAAAAUGAAGGUAGAGGCAACACCUAAUCAUGAUGCAGAAAUGAUGAGGCUAAAAAAACAAGCAAAGGCCGAUAAAGAAGAAAUUGCAAAAUGGAAGGAAAUGGCACAGGUUUUAGAAAACGAAAUACUGGAAGUUGAAAAGGAAUUUGGAGCAGCGGAUAACAUUGAUGAGAUAUUAACACAAAAACUGAAAGAAGAAAUAAAAGCUCAAAAACAACAGAUUGCAAUAGAUGACCAAAAAUACCAAGUAGUACUCAAGAAACUCUUGGAAAAAUCGACUGAAGCUGACGACCUAAAACAAGAAUUAAAAAAGUCUUUGGAAAAUGUUGACGAGCUUAAAGAAGAGAUGAAGAAAAAUCAUGAGGAAUGUGAAGAGCUUAAGGAAAAAGUGAAGAAACAUCAAGAAGAAGUCGAAAAGCUAAAUGUAGAAACAGAGGCGCAAAAAGAAGAAAUCAAAAAGUCGGGUGAAAUCUCAAAGAUAUGCAAAACUUACGUUGGACUAAUCAAUAAAGACCUACGCAUGCACAGACUAGAAAAGCACAAGCUUGAACAAGAAAGCAAGACCCAGUUGGGACUAAUAGCUCUACUCAUAAAAGAAAACAAAAAAAUUCAAAGAUGA